UAACAUUAUCUCAUUAUUUUCGUUGAUAUACAUAACACCCCUCAUUUCCGGUGGGACCCGGAAGUCGCCUGGGCUUGUUUACAUUCUCAUAGGAAGAAGAUAAACGUCACCAGCUUCCGCUCAAUAACAACAAUGACUGACACGUUGGGUUUCUGUGUUUAUUGACCUUUCCUCCGUGUCUCCUCCGUGUCUCCUCGGACCAUGGCUCCUUCCCUCCGCCGCCGCUGCUGCUGCUGCCUCUUGGUGACGCUGCCGCUGCUCGGGCAGCUGCUGGCGGCGGAGCUGCUCGCCCAGGUGGAGGUUUUCCUGGAGCAGCGGCCCGGGGUCAGCGCGCUGCUCCAGGGGGAGGUGGUGGAGCCGAGCGGCGGCAGCAGGAGCUCCGAGCCACGGGAGGAGCUGGACGCGGAGCUGCUCCUGGUUCAAGAUGAGGAGGCGCAGCUGAGCGGGGGGAAACCGGAGGAAGACGUUAGCGAGCAGGAGCCGUGGAUCGGGGUGGUGCCCGUGGAGAUGGACGACAGCAAAGCCUCCACUGGGAACCAGGAGUCCUUCGCUGAUGGGAUGGUGAAUAAAAUGAAGCGAGCGUUGGUCCUCGGAGCUUCAGCGCUGAUCAUUCUGGCUCUGAACCAGAACACCGUCAGUGAGAUGGAUCUUUCUCAGGUUCUGUCGAAGCCCAUCAUCGUGAUCCAGACGUCUGAAAAUGUCACUAAGCUGAUCGGAGCUCUGCUCAGGGGCCUUCAGGCGACGGCAAAAAUCACGUACAAGUCGAUCCUGCAGGACAACCUGGGCGCCACGCUCACGCUGUGGUCCAGCUGCGGUCGGUCGAGAGGCGGGCGCUACGGGGAGUGGCAGGGGGUCAUCUGCACGGGAGAGACCAACUCUCAGGUCCAGAAGUACCUGCAGCAGCUGUGGGACACUGUCCUCCUGGUGGCGCUGAUCCUCAGCACCGGAGUCAUCGUUCAUGCCCGGUGGCAAUACCAGGACCCCCAGCUCAACGACGACCUGGAGCUGUUUCCCAAACAGGACGUUCUGAAGAGGAUGUCGUCUCUGAAGACCAAAACGUACCGUCAGCCCAAACCCUGGUGUGACCCUUCGCAGCCGCUGGAGACGGACAACUGCGCCGUGUGUCUGGAGCCGUUCAACAACAACCAGUGUCUGCGUGUGUUGCCGUGUUCCCACGAGUACCACAGAGAGUGUGUGGAUCCCUGGCUGCUGCUGCAACACACGUGUCCUCUGUGCAAACGCAGCAUCCUCAGCAGCGUCUGCAAAGACAGUUAACGGUGGCCUCACCUCCACCAGCAUCGCCACAGCAGCAGGGAAUCGACCCCACGUCCCCGAUGACUCACCUGUAGCUGUUUUUUAUUUUUACUGACCUCGCCGCUUCCUCCUUCCAGCAAUGAAUUGUGGGAGCAAAUCUUUAUGGCAGCUGCCUGGCUGGUGGGACUGUGAAGCAGCGGGUCACAGACUAACAAUGGAAGUAUUAACACAAUACUAUGAAGUACUGUAGAAUAGGGCCUGGGCUAUUAACUGGAAAUGGGGGGAAGAAGGAAAGUGUGUAGUAAUCGUGAUAUUGAUUUGAAGUCACACAGCCCAGCCCUACUGUAGAAGUACUGUUGUGAAUGAACAGUUCUUCUCCCUGGGAUCAUGUUACUGUACGACUGUGGAAACAUUAGUUUGACACAAACACAAAACUUCGUCUGAGACACAAAACAUUCAGUCCGUUUAUUCCUGAACGUUUACUCGUCACAAGUCGACAUAUGAUUUAUUUCCAAAUGACGUCAAUGACCAACUUACUCAACUUAAUCAAGUGGACUAAAGCAUUUUAAGAGUAACUGUCGCCCUCUAGUGUCUGAACCUAUUCCUGUUAGAUAUGAGUGGUAGCGGAUCUGUAGUCAGACGUGAGAAAGUGUUUGCACUCGUCUGUGAUUUGCCUUAUUGCACAGACACACCUCCUGACCUGUUGGAAUCCUGAUGUUUGCUCCAGCAGCUCGUUCAGCUGCGUCACACGCUGGUGGAGACGUAGAAGACGUAGUUUGACUCCGAUGCUUCUUCAACCUCUUUGUAUUAUGUUUAUGUAAAACUUCAUCUCGACCAGAACCCGACAAAUAUGAACCUGUUACAGACACGUCAGUGUUGGUUUACUGACAUGAAACUUGUUGUUGAAAUGUGAAUUUGUUUAGUUCCAUAUUUUUGGUAGCAUUUUAGUUUUCUUUAUAUUUAUAUUUAUUUAAGUCUUAGUAUUAAGCCUCAGUUACAGUUCUUUGUGUUUGAUAACAUCUUAUAAAUCAUUGCCAAUUAUUUUAAAAUUAUUUAUAUUUACUUUUCAUCCUUGAUAUCGGCAUCAGCCCCGAACAUAUUAAUAUUUGUUGGGCUCUAAUUUGAACUAUAAACACAACAUCUGUUCUACACCAGUUUAACUAACACUCCGUGGUACUGUGCAGGGGCGGUUGUGUAAAGAAAAGCCUGAAUUCAGAUUUUAUUUUCCAUUUACAAAUGAAACAAGCAAAUGUUGAACUAUUGGACGAUUUAUGGAAACUAUUUAUUCACAAUUUUGCAGCUCAACACAAAUCGUUUAUUUGCCAAAGGUGAUUGAAGGAAGAAGAUAAAUCACUGAUGAUCAUUUCAGGCCAAACUCUGAAUCGUCCCCUUCAUGUUCUUCUUCUAAAAGCAACAACCUGAAUGUUUCUGCUCCUCAUGAAAGACGAGUCAAAGUCCGCAGAUGUUGAAAACAUAGUAUUAUCGUAUUUAUUUUUGUUAUUUUUGCAACGUUAACGACAAAAAGCAAAUAACAUGUGCUUUCUUUGUUAGAAAAUGCAAACUGAUAGAUCCGUUCUCGUGGUAGAAAAUAGUCUGUGCAUGGCGGCGUGCCAGGGGGCGCCACUGAGCAGCGCGUGCUUCCAAACACAAACACAGCAGCAUCGUCACCAGGCGCUCUGAGAGACGUGUGGUUGGGUGAAGGCUGGUGUGCAGGGACACUCGAUGUCCAGACCAUAAUCACCAGGUCAGUGAUUGUUCUUCCAGCUACAGACACAACUUUAGUCUCUGUGAAACCCUGAAUGUCUCGUCCUUUGUUACUUUCCUAUGUCGUCUUCAUGAGGAUGAUGUCAAAGAAACUUCUCUCAAUCACGAUGGAUCUUAACAAUAAACUGAUUUGUUACUUGGCAAAAAUAAAGAUCUCAUUCUUUGUC